AUGGGGCAAGAAGAGAUGGUAACACCGGGAGAGGUAGAAGUCAAACCUACAGAAGUCAAAGCAAGAAAGGGAACCUACGUGGCCAAACACAACGGCAUCAUCUACGCUUCCCUCACUGGUCUUCCUCGUACUCGACCAACGGCGGAAGUUACAGGUCACAAAGCCCAUGGUGCUGUUCCAGCGCCUGGUUCUGUUGUAAUUGCCCGUAUUACUAAAGUGAUGGCCAGGAUGGCUUCGGCUUAUAUCAUGUGUGUUGGCUCCAAGUCUGUGAGAGAGAAAUUUACUGGCACAAUCAGGCAACAAGAUGUUAGAGCAACUGAGAUUGACAAAGUGGAUAAGCAUUUGUCAUUUCGUCCUGGUGACAUUGUCAGAUCUCUGGUUCUGUCCCUUGCAGAUGCACGAGCUUAUUCCCUUUGA